AUGCAUAAAGCUGAGUUUUUGGAUAGCCAUCCUACUCAAAUAAGCUCGAUUUUGGCUGGUGGUUACAACCAUCCGCUUCUAAGAGAUUGGCAAAAUGAACGUCAAUUGACGAAAAACAUGUUUAUCUUCCCACUCUUCAUAUCCGACGAUGCAGACGAGGAAACACCUAUUGAUUCGUUGCCCAACAUCAAGAGGUUUGGUGUGAACAAACUUGCAGCUUAUUUGAAACCUCUAGUGGCCAAGGGACUCAGAGCAGUCAUCUUAUUCGGAGUACCCAUGAAGGCAGGAUCCAAAGAUCCGGUGGCCACUUCGGCAGACGACCCAGAGGGACCUGUCAUCCAAGGUAUCAAACUUCUCAAACGGGAAUUCCCAGAUCUUUACAUCGUAUGUGACACUUGUCUAUGUGAAUACACUUCGCAUGGCCACUGUGGCGUGCUUUAUGAAGAUGGAAGUAUCAACCGUGAAGAAUCGGUUCGCAGAAUUGCUGCAGUCGCUGUCAAUUACGCCAAAGCCGGUGCUCAUGCUAUUGCCCCCAGUGAUAUGAUUGAUGGUAGAAUCAGAGAGAUCAAAUUGGGACUCAUUGAUGCUGGCUUGGCGCACCAAACGUUUGUCAUGAGCUAUGCGGCGAAAUUCAGUGGGAACUUGUACGGUCCAUUCCGAGAUGCUGCGUGCUCUGCACCUUCCAAGGGAGACCGAAAGAACUACCAGCUGCCCUCUGGUGGUCGUGGUUUGGCUCGUCGUGCUGUCAAGAGAGAUCUUGAAGAGGGAAGUGACGGUAUCAUCGUCAAACCUUCCACUUUCUACUUGGACGUCAUGGCAGACGCUGCUGAAAUCGCCCGGGAUAUACCCAUCUGCGCAUACCACGUAUCUGGCGAGUAUGCCAUGCUCCACGCUGCAGCAGAAAAGGGUGUCGUCGAUUUCAAAACAAUUGCAUUUGAAUCGCACCAGGGAUUUUUGAGAGCUGGAGCUCGGCUCAUUAUCUCUUACCUCACCCCUGAGUUCUUGGACUGGUUGAGUUUGUAG